AUGGCCUCGAUACGUCAUGAGUCUCUCGACCGCGAGGACCGCGAGGAUGCCCCAUUUCUCGACUCCUCUGAUCCGAGCACCCCCGGCCCAGCCCAUCGCCAUGCCUAUAGCAAGCCCAGUAUAGGCAGCCGCCCAGUGAAGGCCAAUGCCUCCGCCAGCGCCAUCAGCUUUCGACUCAAGGCGACCCUAUUCGCCAUGGUCCUCGCAGUUGAAAUCGGCUUCGCUUUCCUGGAGGGCCCUAUGGUCCGGAUCAUGGAGUCUAUCGCUUGUCGGCAGUAUUUCCUGGGUGUGGACCCGACUAAGAUCGGUGCGGAUGGACAAGUGCCGGAAGCCAUGUGCAAGAUCGGCGAGGUGCAAGCUGAACUGGCGGCUGUGAAGGGCUACCAUAUGUUCUUUGAUGGGUCACUGAGCGCUCUUUUGGCGAUUCCCUAUGGUCUGCUGGCAGACCGUCAUGGCCGCAAAUCUACACUCGCUUUGUCUCUUCCCGGGUUUGCGUUGAAUUCCAUAUUUACGCUCGUUAUAUUGUGGUUCUCAGAUAUCUUUCCCCUGCGAGCGCUUUGGUUUACUGCCCUGACGUGGUUGUUUGGGGGUGGUCCAGUCGUGUCGUUUGCGAUUAUCUGGACUAUGAUGGCCGAUGUAACCAGUGAGGCAGAAAGAGCGGACAUCUUCUUUCAAUUUGCCAUCGUAUCGAUGGGCGCCGACUUCGCUUCGAGUGCUUUUAGUUCUUAUCUGAUGACCUUGAAUCCUUGGAUACCAUUGGUGAUUGGCUUCGGAAUUAUAAUGGCCGGCAUGAUGCUCAUUUUGGCACUACCGGAAACGAAGCAUGCACUGCCACCCCGAAAAGCUGAAUCAACUCAUGUCGAGAUGUCAGAUCUGACGGAUGGCGCCCCCGAACCAAAGCAUUCUUUACAUGAACCCGAACCAUAUCGAGCAGAACCCGACAUGAAUGGCGAUCAUGAGAACGAACCGCCGUCUUGGAGUAUCCAAUCGUACUCCCACCGGUCUGUUCUGGCAAAGUUCCGCGCAAAUUACCGCUUUUACCUUAGACCCUACCAGUUCAUCCUCAACCGGACACCAGUGCUCCUCCUCCUCUCUGCAUUCCUGGUCUACCGCCUGAGCCGAGGCUCAUCCUGGUUUUUGACCCAAUACAUAUCGACACGUUAUUCAUGGACACUGGCACAGUCCAACUUCCUGGUAUCUGCUCGCCCGACUGUGUCAAUCCCGCUGUUCCUUUUCGGCCUACCUUUCCUCAAAAGCCGAGUGCUGAACCCCCGACUUUCAUCAACCGAAAAAGACCUUUGGCUCGCGCGGCGCAGUAUAUUCUGUCUUACAGUUGGAACCCUUGGAAUAGGCCUCUCCCCAACGAUCGCAACCCUGAUCCCCAGCAUGAUCAUCCAGACCUCAGGAUCAGGCUUCGUUUUCCUUGCCCGCUCCAUAAUUACCACUUUGGUUGAACGUGAUGAGACUGCUCGCUUGUUUACUGCAAUCGAGAUUAUCCAGUCAUUGGGAAAUGUGGUUGCGAGUUUAUCCAUCACGACUGUCUUCCAGAUUGGACUGCGCCUAGGUGGGGUCUGGAUUGGUCUCGCGUGGAUGAUGACCAGUACGCUCUUCUGUUUAGUCGGCGUGGCCAUCUGGUCCUUUAAAUUGCCUCCAAGUCCUCCGACACCAGACUUUGUGGUGGAGGAUUAUGACGGGGAUAACAGGGCGUGA